CACUUCCAUACACUUUAAAACUGUUUGCAGACGAACUUUGAGAAUGAUUUUAGGAUACUGUAUUUUAUUUGUGCUAAUUUCAUAUUCUUAUGGACAGUCCCUGACCUCCUCUGCUUCUGUGGUGAAGAGACCUGGAGAGUCAGUCACUCUGUCCUGUACCGUGUCUGGACUCUCGCUUAGCUGGUUGCACUGGAUCCGUCAGAAACCAGGACAAGGGCUGGAGUGGAUCGGGCGCAUUGACAGUGGCACUGGCACUAUAUUCUCUCAGUCUCUGCAGGGCCAGUUCUCCAUUACUAAAGACACCAAUAAAAACAUGCUGUACCUAGAAGUGAAGAGUCUGAAAGCUGAAGACACGGCUGUUUAUUACUGUGCUGGAAUGAAUGUAGUGAGGUGUGCUGGAAGUUGAACACUGUGUAACUGGGCUUUUGAUUACUGGGGAAGAGGCACAGCUGUCACUGUAACAAGCGCAGUGCAAGGCCCCCCGCAGUCCCUGUUUCCCGUGUGGCAGUGCGGCUCGGCCUCGGACGGUUUAAUCACUCUUGGCUGCGUCACGCGCGAUUUGGCCUCCGCCGACGGACUGAUCUUCAAAUGGGCGGAUGAGAAAGGAAGCGCGCUGACUGACGUCGUGCAAUACCCGGCGGUGCGCGGGAGCGGAGGGUUCACCUCGGUGAGCCAGGUGCGCGUCAAGGCUUCCGACUGGACCCAGAGCAAGAAGUUCACGUGCCGAGUCGAGAAUGCCAAAGGAUACAAAGAAGCGCUCUUGCAAAAGAAAGCUCAGCGUGUGGCUGAGCCCAGAAUCACCAUCAGUAUCAAGACAACAGACAAGGAUGUUGAUCUGCUUUGUUGGUUGGAUGGUUUUCAUCCUAAAAAAAUUGAUGUUCAGUGGUACAAGGGUGAUCAGGUGCUCAGACAGGGAGAAACCAUCAAGAUAUUCGAAGAUGUCAGCACUGGAGAAAAGGUGUAUUCCGCAAUGAGCCAAAUCAGGAUUAAUGCACAGCAAUGGAAUGAAGGCACAGUGUUCGCCUGUAAGGCCACACACAACUCCAAGACCUUCAGUGAAACAUGGAGCAAGUGCCAAGCUGCUCCCACAUCCACACCACAGAUACGUCUGGAGAAACCUCGUCUCAUGUCAGUAUUGACAGAUUCACAAGUAACAGCCUCCUGUGUUGUUGAAACUGAGUACACCAUCACCAAAGUGUCAUGGCUUGUAGAUGGAAAGCCAAAAACAGGCACAGCCAUCUCGACGAGACUGGGCGAGACAGUUAGCAACCUGACUAUCUCUACAGAAGAAUGGAAAAACUCGGGGACAAUAAAAUGCACAGCUGAACAUCUAUGUUUCGGCAAAGUAGAGAAGACGAUUGAUAUUAUAGAACCUGUGAAGAAAACUCCUACAGUGGAAAUCAGGAGGAUUCUUGCAGACAUACUGAAGGGACACAGUGCAGUGCUGGAGUGUGUCGGAAGAGAUCUGCCCUCUGGCGAGCUCUCUGUCACCUUCCAGGCCAAUGAAGCCAUGUUCCCUGACGUUCAGUACGUGGAUCUGCCCAAAGGCCUGGAAACACUGACUGUACGCUUCACUGUUCCCAAAUCACACCAAACCAAAGACAAACGUUUCACCUGUCAGAUUCAGCAAAGCCAUUCCAUGCAGUGGAAGUCCAGUUCUACAGGAAAACUUUUUGAUGACCCUUCAGUGGAACUUUCAGCUGUUUCCAGCAUUGACAAAUCCAGAUCAAUGACACAAAAACUUAUUUGUUCUGGAACUGGAUUUAACCCAAAGAUCAAGUGGCUCCCUGAAUCUUUGAACAAUCCUCCUUAUGAAGUAACGUUGCAAGCAGAUGGACGUGUGAAAGUGUCCAGUGAGAUAUCAGUUCCUCAACAGGAGUGGAGUAAUGGAGUGGAAUUUAAGUGUGAGGUUAGUGAUCAAGAUCAUCACAAACCUGUCCAGAAGAGCACCAGUGUUUGUGCAGCUCAUUCAAAUUACAAACCACCGAUAAGUCUGGAGAAACCUCGUCUCAUGUCAGUAUUGACAGAUUCACAAGUAACAGCCUCCUGUGUUGUUGAAACUGAGUACACCAUCACUAAAGUGUCAUGGCUUGUAGAUGGAAAGCCAAAAACAGGCACAGCCAUCUCGACAAGACUGGGCGAGACUGUUAGCAACCUGACUAUCUCUACAGAAGAAUGGAAAAACUUGCAGACACUAAAAUGCACGGCUGAACAUCUAUGUUUCGACAAAGUAGAGAAGACGGUUAAUAUUAUAGAACCUGUGAAGAAAACUCCUACAGUGGAGAUCAGGAGGAUUCUUGCAGACAUACUGAAGGGACACAGUGCAGUGCUGGAGUGUGUCGGAAGAGAUCUGCCCUCUGGUGAGCUCUCUGUCACCUUCCAGGCCAAUGAAGCCAUGUUCCCUGACGUUCAGUACGUGGAUCUGCCCAAAGGCCUGGACACACUGAUUGUACGUGUCACUGUUCCCAAAACACAUCAAACCAAAGACAAACGUUUCACCUGUCAGAUUCAGCAAAGCCGUUUCAUAAAGUGGAAGUCCAGUUCUACAGGAAAACUUUUUGGUGACCCUUCAGUGGAACUUUCAGUUGUUUCCAGUGUGGCUCAAUCUGCAACAACGACACAAAAACUUCUUUGCUCUGGAACUGGACUUAACCCAGAGAUCAAGUGGCUCCCUGAAUCUGUGGGUAACGCUCCUAGGGAAGUAACAGUGGAAGGUGAUGGACGUGUGAAAGUGUCCAGUGAGCUAUCGGUUCCACAGCAAGAGUGGAAUAGUGGAGUUAAAUUUACCUGUCAAGUCAGCGAUCAGGAUCCUCUCAAACCUGCCGAGAAGAGCACCAAUGUUUGUGCAGUGACUCCAGCUUUUGCUCAGACAGCAGAGGUUUUCCUGUUAGCUCCCUCCAUCAGUGAUAUGAGAGCAAAUGAUCAGGUCUCUGUCACAUGUCUGCUGGUGGGCCACAGGCUCAAGGACUUCACGAUUAUUUGGAAAGUAGGAAAGGACAGUUCCUCUCACGGUGUGACCACACACACUCCCAAAGCCCACAGCAAUGGAACAGAGAGUCUCCAAAGUGUUCAAAAGGUUCCGGCUGCAAUGUGGAACGCAUACACAAGUGUCUCCUGUGAGGUGAAACACCUCUGCUCCAACAAAACACAGCAACACAUCAUCUCUAAAACCAGAGAAGUCAAAAGUCCCACCAUCCGAAUUUUCAUUCCCAGUGACGACGAUCUCUCAGGAUUUCACAACACAUCUCUUCUCUGCUUGAUCGACGGCUUCCACCCUGCUGAUAUCUCUGUGCACUGGGAGCUGAACGGCAAACGGCUGGAUGCGUCUCGCUUCACCAACAGUCCAGUCGGCAUUCGCUCUGCAUGGGGUGGUUAUUCCAUGCACAGUGCACUGAUAUUACUAGCAUCAAAAAGGGAAGAUGGCAAUUUUUCCUGUGUGGUCAGCCACGAGUCAUCCAAAGAGCCGAUCAUCAGCACAAUAGACAACAUAUACGCCUCUGUGAAUGAAUGUCCUCCCUCUGUGGAGCUGCUGCAGGGUCGAGAUGAGCUGGUGUGUCUGGUGUAUGGUUACAGCCCCUCUGCCAUUAACAUCACCUGGCUCCAAAACAGUGUGAGUGUACAGCAUGAGCAUAGAACCAGCAGCUCUGCCAAAGGGCCGGAUGGGAAAUUCAGCAUUAAAAGCCACCUGAAUGUCAAGGCCUCUGAAUGGGCACCUGGAGCCACAUACACGUGCCAUGUCGAGCAUAUUACUGGCGUCGUCACUCGCAGCAUCUCCAAAACAGAAUUUACUGAAGAGACGAUAUACUUUGAUGAGAACAAGUCUGAUGCUAGCACUCUGGACCAGGCUGAGGAAACCUGGAACAUGGCCUGUGCCUUCAUCAUACUCUUCAUCAUCUCUCUCCUCUAUGGCUGUUCAGUGACUCUGGUCAAAGUGUAAACUGCUUGAUCAGCUGUUUAGGGCACCUUUUAGAGUUUAGAUUAAGACUUAUGUAAUGCUUUAUUGCUGUAUUGUAUUUGUCUGAAUGAAAACAAAACAAUUCUUAAUGACUAUUUUUAAGUUGAUAGAUGCAAUGAGUAAAAAGGGAAAUAAAUAAAGAAAAAAAUAAAUUAACUUGUUACUUGAUGCUGGAAAUUAGAGUUUCUUGCAGCUGUUGUUUUUUCUUUUUUUAUUCAAAUGAACGAUACACACCGAUCAGCUAUAACAUUAAAACCACUGACAGGUGAAGUAAAUAACAAUGAUUACCUUGUUACAAUGGUACCUGUCAAAGUGUGGGAUAGUGAACGGUCAGUUCUCGAAGUUAAUGUGUUGGAAGCAGGAAAAAUGGCCAAGUGUAAGGAUCUGAGCGACUUUGACAAGGGCCAAACUGUGAUGGCUAGACGACUUGGUCAAAGGAUCUCCAAAACAGCAGGUCUUUGUGGAGUGUUCCCACUAUGCAAUUCCCAGUAUCCAUCGAAAGACAACCAAUGAACCGGCGACAGGGUCAUGGGCGCCCAAGGCUCACUGAAGCGCGUGGGGAGCGAAGGCUAGCCCGCCUGGUCCGAUCCCACAGAAGAGCUACUGUAACACAAAUUGCUGAAAAAGUUAAUGCUGGCUAUGAUAGAAAGGUGUCAGAACACACAGUGCAUAAGGGGCUGUUUAGCCACAGACCAGUCAGAGUGCCCAUGCUGACCACUGCUGAAAGCGCCUACAGUGGGCACGUUAGCAUCAGAACUUGACCAUGGAGCAAUGGAAUAAGGUCGCCUGGUCUAACGAAUCACGUUUUCUUUUACAUCAUGUGGAAGGCCAGGUGCAUGUGCGUCACUUACGUGGGGAAGAGAUGGCACCAGGAUGCACUAUGGGAAGUAGGCAAGCCGGCAGAGGCAGUGUGAUGCUCUGGGCAGUGUUCUGCUGGGAAACCUUGGGUCCUGGCAUUCAUGUGGAUGUUACUUUGACACAUACCACCUACCUAAACAUUGUUGCAGACCAGGUACACCCAUUCAUGAAAACGGUAUUCCCUAUUGGCAGUGGCCUCUUUCAGCAGGAUAAUGCCCUGCCACACUGCAAAAAUUGUUCAGGAAUUGUUUGUGGAACAUGACAAAAAGUUCAAGGUGUUGAUUGGCCUUCAAAUUCCCCACAUCUCAACCCAAUUGAGCAUCUGUGGUAUGUGCUGGACAAACAAGUCCAAUCCAUGGAAGCCCCAUCUCACAACUUACAGGACUUAAAGGAUCUGCUGCUCUUGGUGUCAGAUACCACAGCACAUCUUAAGAGGUCUUGUGGAGUCCAUACCUCGACAGGUCAGAGCUGUUUUGGCAGCACAAGGGGGACCUACACAAUAUUAGGCAGGUUGUUUUAAUGUUAUGGCUGAUCAGUGUAUAUUCAAAACCAUUCUUUAAUUUGAAUUAAAUUUGUAUUAAAAAUUAAAAAAGCAGUGCCAGUAUAGUUUUGAUUAUUAAUUAUUCACUAUUUCACCAGAAGAUGGAAACAUAUCUCAAGUUUUCUAAUCAAAAUAUAAUAAAUGAAUGAAUAAAAUAACUCACAUACAACAGACUCCCUGAGAAUGAGACACAAAAUGUUCAUUAGGAUCCUUUCUUUCAGUUCCUACAACUACAUGUGUCUAAUUUACCAGAAAGAUAGUUUGUUAAGGCUUCUGAAAUUCAAAAUAAAAGAUAAUGACUAUGUGUUA